CAUCAGCAUCCGACGCUGACAGCGGUCGAAGACAGCAUCCCUAAUAUUACCGACCCACGGUUACAUCGCAGGAUAAUUCAGAGCCCGGCCGACCAGGACUGAUGCUGCUGUCUUGUGACAGUAUUAUUUAUUGAGGCUGCCAUCUUACAAACCGCCGAGCUGCAUGUGAGUAGCCUUUGAUGAUGGACCGCCAGGAUGCUACAAUCGUGUGUGUGCCCCCACUACCUGCAUUAGGUUGUGAUGACCCACACUUCUUCCAAAUGUUUCUGUGACCCUCCCCAAUCCUGACUCCUAACCUCUAAUCCCUGACCUUUGACCCCCACUAUGGGCAGUGUUGGCAGUGGGGUGGCAGGAGAGCAGGAGUUUGCCAUGAAGUCUGUGGGUACGAGGACCACCCUGCCCAGAGCCCCUCCUCUCUCUCGCCGUUGCCCUGCCGACCGCAGCUGCAGCGCAGAGCGACUGCCACGCCCUCCGGUGACUAUAUCUGACGGGACGGCUUCUAGCGAUGAGCGAGGGAGUGUUAGUGUUGCGACUGGGACCUGUACCGGGACUGACCGGCCCACCGAAACAGCCUCCUCCACCAACACUGAUUGUACCAUGACGGCCCCGUCCAACAACAACCAGUUGGAGUGUGGCAAUGGAGCAGGCAGGCGGGAGAGGGAGUGGGAGAGGGAGAGGGAGAGGCAGCGUGAAAGGGGGAGAGACAGAGACCGGGACCGAGACUGGGACAGAGAAAGGUUAGAGAGGGAGCGAGAGAGGGAGCGGAACCGGGAGAGGGAGCGGGACCGAGAGAGGGAAAGAGAGAGAAUUGAGAGGGAGAAGAUAGAAAGGGAGAGAGAGCGAGAGAGGGAAAGGGAGAGGGAGAGGGAAAGAGAGCGGCUGGAGAACGAGAGGUUGGAAAGAGAGAGGGAAAUGCAGGCUGUAGGUUUGGAUGCUUGUGGGAACAUUGUGGGACGAGGAGCAAAUGAGAAGAACAGCGUUGGCAUGAACCAACAUCAACACCAACAUCAACACCAGCACCAGCACAGAGAGAUGGCAGCCGCCAGAGCUGACAGUGAGAACCAUCCGGGCAGCCAUAACCCUCCAAACCACAACCCGCCCAAGAUCCUGCCAGUGUCUGGAAAACUGGAGCAGGCGAUGCAGAACAACUCAGGCCUCGUUCGUCCCUCUGCCUUCAAGCCAGUGGUUCCCAAGAGCUUCCACUCCAUGCAGAACCUGGUAGGCCAGGCAGGAGGGGCUGGGAGCGAGGGCAAGACUGAGGCAAGGAGUGAAGGGUUCAGUGAGAGCAGAGGAGGCAGGAGAGGCAGGGACGGAGCAGGAGGAGAAUCAGGAGAGGUCCCAGAGGCCCUGCUCCUGGACCAGGACAGCCCAGUGAGGGUCAGCAGAACUGAGGGCGGGGGAAAUGGUAAUGAAGUGGUUCAGGGAGGGAUGUCUGACUCAGGGAGGAACUCCCUGACCAGCCUGCCCACCUAUACGGGCUCAGGGUCCGGUUGUGGGCCCCCAGCAGUCCUGGGGCCUCUCAGUGCUUCCACCAGCCACAUCAACAGGUUGGGCAUGGUUGGGGCAGCUGCAGGCCUCGACAAGCUGGAAAAGCCCGGCUACCAGAACGGGCUCAGCGCCUCAGACAGUGGCCGGUCCUCCUCGGGAAAGAGCUCCUCGUCCUAUCAGAGGCUGAGCCACCUGAGUGAUGCUCCAGCACCUCUACGCCCCUCCCCCUCCUCAGAUGACAUCAUCCAGGACCUCGAGGACCGCUUGUGGGAGAAAGAGCAAGAGGUGCAGCACAUGCGCAGAAACCUGGACCAAAGUGAGGCAGCAAUCAUUCAGGUGUUUGAGGAGAAGCAACGUGUCUGGGAGCGACAGAUGGACGAGCUCAGACAGAACUACGCCUCGCGCCUGCAGCAGGUUACUCGUCGUGCUCAGCGCUCCCAGACUGCCCUGCAGGCCCAGAUAGGCCGUCUGUCCCAGGACAAGCGGAGGCUCCAGGAGGAGAUGGCAGCACUGUUGGCCCAGAGGGAGGAGCUGGAGAGAAAGUGUCUAGAUUACAGGAAGGAGCAGGCUGACAUCUUGCCUCGUCUGGAGGAGACCAAGUGGGAGGUGUGUCAGAAGGCAGGAGAGAUCUCCCUGCUGAAGCAGCAGCUGAGGGAGAGUCAGGCUGAAGUGACCCAGCGAGCUGGAGAGAUGGUGGCCCUGAGAGGCCAGCUGAAGGAGCUCAAUGUCCAGCUGAGGGAGCGGGAGGAGACCAUGUUGGGCCUAAAGGACUCCUACAGCAGCAAGAGUCUGGAGCUGGAGAAGUGUGAGGGAGAGCUGAGGAGGACUCUGUCAGAGGUGUCUAUCCUCAGAGAGAAGCUGGGUGUAUUUGAGGCAGAGGUGCUUAGUUUAAAGCGGGCUCUGAGUGAAGUGAGCAGAGGAGCAGAAGUUAUUGUGAGCCCUAACUUAGCUGCUGCAGGACUGUUGCCACCCUGGGGAAUUGUCCACUGUCCACGUAACCCCACUGAGCCCUCAACCAACUCUCUCACCCCCACAUCUGAAACUCUGCUGAGUCUUCAGAGUGAUGAAGCCAAAGCCCAAAGGCAGGAAGCUCAGAGACAGGAGAGGCAGCAGCGUGAAGAAGCUCAAUGGCGAGACGUGCAGCAGCGGCAAGAUGCCCAUAUGCAGCAGGAUAUCCGAAUGCGUCAGGAUGCCCAGAUUCGACCAGAGGCCCAACUCCGCCAGGAGGUACAGCUUCGUCAGGAGGCUCAUCUCCGCCAUGAUGCCCAACUACGGCAAGAAGCACAGCUGCGCCAAGAGGCCCAGCUCUGCCACGAGGCCCAAAUGCGCCAAGAGGCCCAGCUACGCCACGAGGCCCAACUCUGCCAGGAGGUGCAACUGCGUCAGGAUGGCCACCUGCCACAGCGAGGCCAGGAGGGUCACUGGGACGAGUCUGGAGAGCUGCGCAGGCAACUAGAGCAGCUGCAGGCCGCGUUGCGCCUGGAGCGGCAGCAACGGGAGCGUCAGGCCCUCAACUUCGACCAGGAGCGACACACCUGGCAGGACGAGAAGGAACGGGUUUUGAAAUACCAGGCGCAGCUGCAGCUCAGCUAUGUGGAAACGCUGCAGAAGAACCAAGCUUUGGAAAAACGUAUGUGCCAGUUGGGAGCUAAACCAACCACAAUGUCCACCACCACAACCAUUACCACUAUCACCACCAGUUCCCCCACCUCUUCUAAUUCUCCACCUCCACCACCAGGCCUCUCACCUCUGUCUCCUCAGGCCCCACUCUCUCUGUCUGGCCCCAUCGCCCUCACCAUCUCCCCGCCUUGUGAAGACCAGAAGGGCCCUCCUUCUCUACACCAGCUUGCCAAUCCCUGGGCAGGACCUUCACGUUUGGAGAGGAUAGAGUCCACUGAGAUAUAGAGACAGCUCCAUGAUCAAUUAUCCAGUUCAAUACACUCACAGUGACAAGGCCUCUCACACAAAACCUCUUCAGCGUACAGUUGAAAAAUAUUUCAGUCUACAACAGAAUAAAUCAGUUCAGUCUGACGUACUUUUCAAAGCAACUAAAGACACUAAAACAACAAAGGCCGACUGCAAAAUCCAACAUUAUCAUUAACAAGCAGAUCAUCGGAACAGGAAGUUGAACUUUAUUCAAUCUGUAAAUGAUUUUUUUCAAACUCCUAAGCAGCCUUUUUCUCACUACUUUCACACUACUACAUCCUACCUAAUCGGUGUGCAGUGUGAGAAGUGUGCCACUCGGAUGGAUGGCAGAAAAGCAAACCGUUAAAUGACAAUGUUUAGAUGACAGCACCAAUACAGGAGGUCAUUUAAUGCCCAUGCUAGAAAAGGACCAAGACAAUCAGGGAUAUUGUCAGAAAUUAUCAAAAAGAAUAUUAUUCAGUAUUUAUUCAUUGUAAGUCUGUGUCACUGGAAAUGUAAAAGUAGAAAUAGCGGUCAGAGUGUGUGAUGUUGACUUGCAUUUUUGGCCAGAGAGCGCCUUACUCCAUUCUUUCCAGCAUGUAUACGAGAAACACUAUGGCUGGGAAUAGAUGAAAACAACUGGAGUGUGAUUAUCAUUUUCAGUGCUUUACUGAUAAUAUCAGAAAACCAGUUGCACAACAUUGUUACACACGGCUGGACAGUUUAAUUUAAAUCCCAGUAGAUAUCAACGUCAGCGGUCACACGGAGCUGGGAUUCAGUUUCCAAGUCAUUUCAUGCACAGGGUCCAAAAUGCAUGACCCAUUCAAACACAUCAUUAAGACCAACAGAGUUUAUAUUUUCUACAAAUUGAAUUGAAUAGAUAUGUUUAGCAGAUAAUCAACCCCGACUGAAUAUAGAAUAUGUUUUAAGACAUGGGAGAACCUGGUUUGCCUUCACUGCGGUGACUAAACACAAACACUAGAGGUCAUUAGAGAGCCUUCACAGCGCUCCCAACUCAAAUUUCUUCUCAUUGAACUGCAAAGAGAAUGUGAAUCGAGCACGCAAUUUGAAUUUGGUUAUUAUGAGUUCACUUUGUGCAUUUACAACCAAGAAAUCUGAGAAAUCAGUCACUAUCUCCAAAGUCAAAAAUUAAAUUUAUAGAAUGUAUGAUAUACUAGAAAGAAAUACUUAUAAUAGUUAUAGAUUGUAAAUGUAUGUGUGUGGUGUGAGUGUGUGUGUGUGUGUGUGUGUGUGUGUGUGUGUGUGUGUGUGUGUGUGUGUGUGUGUGCGUGGGAGAGCCGGUGUGUGCAUGUGUGUAUACAUAUGAAAAGCUUCAUCUUAUGAGAUUGAGGAUAGAGGGACUAGUGGCAAUACAGCAAGUGAAGAUAUAUUAAAAGUAAAGGGAUUUUUUGUUUUGUUGCUGAGGGUGGGGGGCUUUAAGUACAGUAAGAUGUACAUCAAAGCUUGAUAAAAGGGCAGUGAAACUGAAAAUUGUAUGUAUAUCAAUGGAAAACUCUUUCCUUUGUACAUUUCAUUUAGACGAAGCUGGGGAGAAGGAAGUUUUUUAAAAAAUAACCUGAAAAAUGGAAACGUCUGCCUCUUUAAAGGGAGCAUUCAGGCUAACUGCACUAUGUAGUGUCCGACACACAAGUUAUGAUGUACAGUAGACUCAGAUGUGAAUAUCAUGGCUUUUAUAUGUGUUGUUUAUGCCAGCAUACAAAGAUGUUGCUCAAGAAUAUUAACUUAUCUCUAAAGUAUUACAUAGUAUUAUCAUCUUUAUUACUGUUAUUAUAUUAUGGUGAACUGACAGAGAAAAUAUGUGCCAUUUGAGCUUUCCUUUAUGUGUUUUUUUUAACUGUGUAGAUAGCCUAUUGGCCUACCAUAAAGGUGCAAUCAUAGCAACCCUGUCCAAAAAUGAUGUUCCUUUUGAUGUAGGUGAUAAAUGUAGUUACAGUAUUGCAUUGUUUAGAGAACAAAAUGCUACCAAUUUUAUACAUGUUUCUCUUUAUUGUUUGCAUUUAUGUUACUAGUACUGUUCUGGCUUGAUUAAAACCACCCCUUUGUUCAAAUUCAGCAGAACUAAUAAAGAUAUGUGAAUAAUUUCG